CUGACAUUUUUUUAUUUCAGUUGAGGGUGAAGGAGAUCGUCUGCUGUGAUUGUGAUAGUGAUGGUUAAGGUUAUGUUGUGAAGUAUCAAUUUAUUUCGUCUACAUUUUUAUCGUCUAAAAUGUGGAUUAGUUAUCAAAGAAGUAUAAUUAAAUAGCUUAGCUAGAUGUAGAGUUGCCAAACAUAUUGUGACAUUACUGUACUAGGAUUUCAAGUGGUCAACCUCUUAACCUUGAGCCCCUAUGUCUUAUAACAGCAUCUCAAAAUUAUGUUGUCAGAUAGUCGAUAUUUUUACCUGUAUCAAUAUUAAAAGUGGUGUGCAUAAAAUUUUAAAUUAAUCCUUGUAACAAUGUUGAAACUCAGUAGUAACCUAAAAGUAGUUGUGUUCAGAUAUUUUCAUACGCUUAAAAAAAAUAAAGUGACAGUUACAAGACAAUUACAUGAUUUUACCCAUAAAAAGCUAUUGGGCAAGUAUUUGUUCUUAACAAAUACAAUCAGUAGUGGUAUUUUGAUGGCAGUGGGUGAUGGUGUUCAACAACAAAUCGAGUUCUACAGAAAUGUCCAUAAAAGUGAAAAAUAUGACUGGAUAAGAACAAUGAACAUGGCGAUCGUUGGUUUGGCAUUGGGUUCAGCUCAACACUUUUUCUACAGAUACAUAGAUCAAAUUUUACCCAAACGCACAUUUCAGUCAGUCUGCCGAAAGAUAUUUUUGGAUCAAAUAAUUGCUUCUCCUUGUGCAAUAUUCAUAUUUUUCUACGGCCUUGGAUUGCUAGAGGAUGGUAACUUUGCAGGUGCACAUUCAGAAAUGAAGCACAAAUUCUUUACAAUUUACGUGAUGGACUGGAUGGUCUGGCCUCCCACGCAGUAUCUCAACUUUGCCUACUUGUCUGCUAAGUACCGAGUUGUUUACAUAAAUUUUGUCACCAUGCUGUACGAUGUUUUCCUCUCUUACGUGAAAUACACUAAGGAGUUCCACUUGUCACAGCUGGUCUCCUUCCCCGACUGGAUGGUGAAAUGUGCCACACGUCCUCUGGCGCUCACAGAAGCAGCGUUUCAUGCCCACCAUCCCUGAACCGUGGAGAUUCAUAGAGUUGAUGGGCUAAGCUUUGUGAAGUCUCAAUCAAGUCUUUCAUUAUUCGGCUAUGACCCUUUAGCUUUUACACAUAAUACAGGUUUUAUUUUAAUUUUUCGAAUUUAAUAAAUGAUAAUUAUUAGCUUUGUACUUUGUUGCAUAGUAGUUUCUAGACAACUCAGUUGUUUGCUGUGUCCAAUUAGUAUUAGAAUAGAUUUUAUUGUGUUCUAAUACCAUUAGUAAAUAUAAUUAAUGGCAGUGCCAAAUAUUUUUUUAAAAACUUUUCUUCAAUUAUAAUGUGGAGUUGGUUACCAAUAAAAAGUUUUAGUUUAAUAUUAUUAUCAAUUACAAGUUCAGAGCUUGUAACAAAUCAGUUGUUUUUCGAUAUUUUGAAAAAAAUUAUUGUUAUAUAAAUGGAAAGGGUUGUAGUUACAACCAUCUUUUAAUCUCAGUUGAAAUAACAUCCAAUAGUUUUUACUUAUAUAUGUAAAUAAAAGUAGAGUUUGGGACAUGAGUCUCUAAACAAUUGUUAUCUAGUUUUAUUUAUUAAUUUUAAUGUUUUUUCACUACCUAAAUAAAGAACUUCUCUAUUUUAACAAAGCACAUUAAUUUGUAGUAUUUCUACCAAAUAUAUUUAAUUUAAACAUUAAUUUAACUGAAAAAAUUGGACUAAUCAUUUUUCUAUUAGUGUCUUGUAGUAUACAUGAUCUGAUUGCCUAAUGGUUGAUUUUAGUUAAUUGUGUUAAGACAGUUUUUCUUAACAUUCAGUCUAUAUGAGCUAUUUAUUUAUUAUGAGCUAUUACUACUACAAUAUGGAAUACAUUAUCACUAAGUUUUAUAUCAAAGACAUAAAAAGAUUAGUUUUAAUCAAUUCAAGUUUAGAGUGAUACAAAGCACUUACAAAUUGGAAUACGGUACAUAAUUUAAAAAUACCAUCCAUUUUUAAAUUUCAAAAGAAAAUGCUACUUAACGCUCCUUUCAACUUUAUUGUGUUAGUUUUAGAUCUUGAUGUGAUUAUGGCUACAAUAUAAUUUAUUUACAGUAAUAAAAGUUUUAGAUUGUGUUUGGGAGGCAGAAUUCAAAGAAUUUUGCCAUGUCUACUGUUCCGAAUUUAAGAACAAUAUGUUCUUAACUUGUACUUAAAAACGCAUGGAUUGUCAUAAUUUGUUCUCAGUAAUUGCAGCAUAAGAAGUGUAGUGGUAUAAUAUUUAUCUGUACCAACACAAUCAAUACUAAAAAGCUACCACUUGACCUGUUUAGCAGUGCGUAAUAUCUUAAAUAUAAGUACAUUACACUAAGGACAUGAUUUUGUGAACUUGAUGGGAUCAAGCCUGUUUUGUCAAUGUAGGACAAGGCGGACCACCAUUAAAACUUACUUCAUGUUGGUAUUUACAUCUAAAAACUAAUGAAAUUACAUAUUGUGUAUACAGUUACAGAGAGGGACACAUACGUGUGGUUACAGAAAGGGUCAGCGAUCGCUACUUAUAUCUUUAUAAUGUAACCAAUUUCUAACAAAAAGCAAGCUGAUAUUACCGAGACAUUACUAAGACUAACUUUUUUAUGUAGGAAAGUUGACAAAACAACACAAUUUUUUUUAACUUAACAAUAUUUAAAUUAAUAAUCGUACAAGAUUUAAACAGAACAAGUUUAAAUAAAUUUUUCCUUAAAAAGUCCUGUAAACACAAUCUUUUAAAUUCGUGGAGGGAAACAUUGUCUGGCCUAAUGACGUUCACAGUUGUAAACAAAGGUUCACAAAAGACAUUCUCUAGUUAUUCAGUAUGAUUAUCAUGUUAUAGUAAUGUAUAAAACAAUUCAUACUCUAAAUUUAGUUGAGUUACUUCGGUAUAAAAUAGAUUUGUACUAAUAACAGAUGAAUUACAGAACAAAUGGAAUGUUAUAAUGUACUUCAGUAAAUGUGCAACUUUGGAGAACUGCAUUCUGUACUGUGUAACUUCAUGUUUACAAAAAAAUUGAUGAGACAAGAACAACAGAAUACAAACAAUAACAUUUAUACUAGGAAGAAAAUCUAUAUACAGUUUUUAAUGCCAUGUAUAAAUCAGCCAUUUGGUUUGUACUCAUAGUGCAUACAAUUUUGUUCUAAAAUGUAUUUAAGACUGCAAGAGCUGUAAGUAAACCAUAACAAAAAUAAACAGGUGAUUCCAUACAUAAUAAAUCCUGUUUUUUUAAACAUGUUUAGGAUUUUGGUAUUGAUUAAAUAAUUUUAUUUGCUGUACCAUUUCAAAAGUCAUACCUUAAAAAGUGUAUACCUUAUUGGAUGUGCUACAGGGUGGAAUGUGACUCACUUUUGCAAAGUAGGUUUAUCAACUGAUUAUUGUUGAACUAAGAUUGCAUUAUUGUUUACCGAUAAGAUAAGUUAGAUUCGGAGUUAGUAAUAGUUCACCACUAACUUCAACUUGAUGUAACUAGAGGUCAGUAGUAAAUUUGUGUAAUCCCGGACCGCAAUUAUGUUGACUCUAUUAUGUAUAUAUUCUCUAGAUUCAGUUUUAUAACACAUUAUCUUCAUAAACUUAUCUUCAGUACACAACAAAUAAUUAAACUCAUUUAAUGUGUUAGACGGUGUGUUGACAAUAAGAUGUUUAAUAAUUUGUAAUUGUUAAGUCAAAUGAAUAUAUAGGUAUGUGCCUGAUGAUAUAAUCUCAUUAUAAUGUACCGUAUAUACAAUCUCAAUAUGUUAAGUUUGUUGAUUAAUUGUUGAUUGUUGAUUAAAUAAUCAUGAAGGAUUACUUUAAAUAUGUUUAGUUAUUACAUUAUUCAAAUUUGUAAUUAAAAAUUUAUACAGUAAUAUUGGAACUAUGAUUGAACUGUGUUUUACAAAGAAAGUCCAAUUUAUUUUUGUCAUUACAUUUUGAAUAUUAAACAGUUAUUUUAUAGUGUUUUUUUAUAUAAAGUUUUACAAACCAAUUUUACAGUUAACAAUAAAUAACUUUAUGCCUUGAAUAUAGCAAGUAAUUUUUAAAUAAAUAAUCAAACUUAGAUCGAACUAGUUAUAUUACUGUUUAAACUAGUCAUUGAAAUGCAUCUUUCAAUUUGCAAGUUAGUUGUAUUGCUGAAGAAUAGUGGCAUUUAUUACAUUAACCCAAGGUGUUAUUUGUUUGUUAUGCUUGUUUGUGUUGUCACUUUUUGUAGUUAUUUAACUAGUUGAUAUUUUACUUGUUUAUUAUCUAUGUCUAUUAAUAUUUCUAGAUACCACACAGAAAAUGUCAGUAUUGUAUUUUGUUAUUCAUAUUUGUUUCUAUAAGAUACCUGAUUAUCCAGUUCCUGAAUAAAACAGUUUUAUGACAAUCUAAAA